AUGCCGAUCGUUGCUCGAACGGUGGUUCUUGACACCAACGCUUUCCUGCGCCGAAUGGCCUUCUGGGAGAUCGGCGAAUCUUUUGUGACGACCCCUGGUGUUAUGGCAGAGGUAUGCGAUCCAGAAAGCCAGCUUUGGAUAUCCAAUCUUCCCAUCACAAUCACUGUGAGCACACCUUCUAAAGUGUCGAUUGGGCGGGUCCGUGCCUUUGCCAGGGCAACGGGAGACCUGACAAGCCUCUCUGAAGAAGAUAUUGAGGUUAUAGCUCUAGCUCUGGAUUUAGACGUCACAGCUCAUGGAGACGAUAGUCACAUUCGCCUCGAGCCAUCAUUUAGAGAUCCAACUGCGCUCAAGGUGUUCACCAGCGAAAAGCACGUUGCUAGCACAGCACCACUCGGGUCUCAUGGUGACAACAAGCAGUACAGAGAUCGGUACGGCCAGCAAAAUCAACGGACUCGUGUUGGAGAAGUCACCCAGGAGAUGGAGCAGAAGUAUGCAGCAUAUAAGCAGAGUUUAUUUGAGGAUGACAUGAUGGAGCUGCUUAGGGAUAGUAGGUCGGCACCUGUGGGUCAAGCUACCGCUAACAGCGUUGCUGGAGAAGAGAACUCACAUGAAUGGAUUGAUGUUGCUUUGAAGCGGCCAAAGAAUCUUAGGGGCCAGGAGAUAGGUUACACCAGGCCCGCGGUUCUAGAAGCCAAGGUGCAGGAUGCUAUUAUAGAAGGUAGCGCAUCGCAGCACAGUAUGAGCAUCGCCGCUGAGGGCGAAGGCGACUGGGUCACUUCAGAAACCCUGAUGGAAGAUACCCUGGCAACGCUCAGAGAGGCUAAGGACGCUGUCCCCGUUGCCAUAUGCACUGCUGAUUACUCGAUGCAGAAUGUAGUCAUGCAGAUGAAUCUGCGGCUAGUCUCACCACAAGGAGUCAUUAAAGAGAUCAAGCGGUACGCAGGAAAGUGCUCUGCCUGUUUGGCCAUUAGCCCAAUAUUAGCGUCUCCCUUUUGUAAGAAGUGUGGCAACAAGACAAUGAUGAAGGUGGCAAUGUACAUCAAAGAAGAUGGGACAGCGACCUUUUCAACUGGAGUCAAGCACUUUAACCUACACGGAACCAUCUUCUCCUUGCCUGCCUUUGCGUCCAAGAAGUACCUUGGUAGAGCAGGAAGGCGCACGAUUGUCCCUAUUGCGUCUGAGAAUGAUCCCAAUGCCAAGUACAUCCUCAGCUUGCAAGGAAAGGGCCGCAACAUGGGCAGCGUGACCGGAGCUCAGCACUUUAUGGCAGACAUAAAAGGACCUGCAUCCACGAAAGGCAGCGCUAUCACUGUUCCGCAUUUCCUGAAACGAAAUCCGAAUGAGUCCAAGCGAGGAAAGAAGAAGUAUAGUCACCAUCUUUAG